AAACUACGAUUGCAUGGAGAGAUCGUCAACCCGGCGUCGAUCAAUCCACCCCAGUCAGGGUAACCCCCGAGCACAACGCAACUGACAGGGACCAGAAAGCAAGCCGACCGAAUCAAAUCCCACAGGAAUGUAAAAACUAAGAGAUCCAACCGCUUGGAUAUUGGGACGCAGCAUUACCCAGUGAGCAGUCCGCCUCACGCAGGUGGUGAUCCUGUCGGAUGCGGAAGGUCGAUAAGCAUGUAGUGCCCGAGUGCGGAGAUCAGCCUCUCUCCGAUCGCGGAGGCGUGCCACUUCACAUGCGGAGAACCCGCCGUCGACAGGGCAUUUUUUUUAUUUUUAUUUUUUUUAUAUGUUCUGUGGAGAACAUUAUGGACAUGACUUGCGAUCAAAGGAUGGUGAAAGAAUCAUCGAUUGCGUCGCUGAGUUCAGGCACCAGGGUUGUGAGGCUGUGUUGAAUAGUCAAUUGUCGGGCUUACCGUCCCGUCUCAGCCUCGAGGUGGAUGUCCGAAUCAAGCUUGCCCACGUUGGGUUUGAGUAAACGAGAGGUGGGAUAGUAGUUCUAAAAACGAACAAACUUCAACGCCCAGACAGCAUGGCCAGCUUAUGAAUUGUUCAGCCAUGGCACCGGGUCCGGCAAGCCAUGGUAUGGUAUGGAAUCUUGAUUGUCGGCGAGAGCUGUCUGCCAGCGGAUCCCCAGUGCGGAGAGUUUGCAGGUUGGACCGCAUUUUGAUAGAUGACGCAAUUCAUCGCAUGCGAAUCAGGUGCUUUUCUUUUACUUUUUCUUUUUUCUUUUUUCGUUUCUUUCUGGGGUGAAUCGCAUGGUGUAUCUCCCACCUUUCAAUGUAAUUCAAUCGACAUUGUUCGACUUGGGUGUAUCGCCCAUCGGUGAGCUGGGCGGUAAUCCUUUCUGUCUUGGCCUGAAAAAUGAGACAAGAUCGGCCAACAUGUGACUUAUCGGCCCUAAGCGCGAAAGACCGACGAGACUAAGAGUCCGUCCUUCGUACUUGAGCAACUCCCCCGCAUCUUGGGAAAAUUCUAAACAAUCGAGACCGGAAGAGCGCGAGUCGGAUAGGACUAGUCUCGAUCGAAGAAGAUUUGCAAAGAAUCUAAUGUAAUUGUUUGACGGGAUUGCAAUGGGAACAAUUGAUUGGCCUGGACUGAAUGCAUGUUCUGUACCUCGGGUUUUGCUUUGGGC